AUGGCGAAUGAUGGCAGCUCCCAGAAUGUCAUCCGCAGGAAACUCGUCAUCAUUGGUGACGGUGCUUGCGGCAAAACAAGCCUGCUGAGUGUCUUCACACUUGGUUUCUUUCCCGCGAUACCAACUGUUUUCGAAAACUACGUAACAGAUUGCCGAGUGGACGGAAAAUCGGUCCAGCUUGCGCUAUGGGACACGGCCGGACAGGAGGAUUACGAACGGUUACGGCCGCUGGCCUACGCAAAAGCACACGUCAUCCUGAUAGGCUUUUCGGUCGACACGCCAGAUUCCCUAGAUAAUGUCAAACACAAGUGGGUUGUGGAGGCACAAGAACGUUGCCCCGGUGUUCCCAUUAUCCUUGUCGGCCUCAAAAAGGAUCUACGCGACGAUCCGGUGGCGAUUGAAGAGAUGCGAAAACGAUCCCAACGCUUCGUUUCUCCGGCAGAUGGCGAACACGCGGCCAAGGAGAUCGGCGCCCGCAAGUAUCUCGAGUGCUCCAGCCUCAGUGGCGAAGGUGUCGACGACGUCUUUGAAGCGGCGACAAGAGCAUCACUGCUCAUGUUCGAGAAGAGUGAAGGAAGUGGCUGCUGCGUCAUACUAUAA